UGCAUAGCGGCAUCAAAUUCCUCUUCUUCAAUUCUUUCUUUUGCCCCCUUCUCCGUCUAGUGCUGAGUUUUGACUUCAGAGAGAAGAAGAAGAAUCAUGGUGUGGGGACUCUUCCCCGUCGAUCCUCUUUCAGGUGAAGAUAAGUACUACAUUUUCAAGACUGGACUUUACAAAGUUGGUCGAAAAGGUUGUGAUGUAAUAAUCACUAAAGAUAAAGGAGUGUCUCGGGUUCACGCAGAAAUAGUUGUUAAUACAGUGAACCCGGUAAAUCCUUUACCAAAUGAACGCUCUCAUUUGUCAAGCAGUAUACAUAUUAGAGAUUGCUCCAAGUAUGGGACAUUUAUUAACAAGAAUGGGGGGGCCAAGAAAAAAGUUCAUGAGCUACCAAACAAAGAAACAGCAUUAGAGAAUGGUGACCUUGUUUCUUUUGGCACUGGUACUGCUACCUACAAGUUUUGCCAUGUACCCCUCGUUUUUUUCAUCUGUUCGUCAAAUAAAGUGGAUCAAUCCCUUGAAGAGAAAAUUUCAUCAAUUGGUGCUAGUAUUACUCAUACCUUAGGUGAAGGGUGCACACAUGUUCUGGUGGAUCAACUCAUGCCAUUGAAGAAAGAUCUUGUUGAUGCUGUUGUGGCCAAAAAAUCUUGUGUUCUCAAAAAUUGGCUUGAGUUUUUUGCUGAAAAGAACAUUAGCACGGAAAUUCCUAGCUGUCAUUCAUAUAUUCCAACAGUGUCAGCAGAAGGAGAAUCUAUUAAAAUUGCUGACCCCAGAAUGCGUGAAGAUUGCUUGAAAGGAUACACUUUUUUGUUGGAAUCUGAGCAUUUGUAUAAAUUUGGGGAUCAGCUAAAACCUUUAUUGGAAGUGGCUGGUGCAAAAGUUGUUUCCUCUGAAGAUUUUUCUUCAAAUAGCCAAGGUUCUGAUUAUGGAGAGGAUAAUCAUGUGGUUUGUGUCAUCCCAGGAGGACCAGCAUGCAAGUCUAAUCUCUUCAAUAAACUAAGUUCCUUGCUUAGAGUGAAUGAGAUGGAUGUAAUAUGUGCUGCUUUCAGUGGACAGUUAGAUCUGUCUAUUUUGAAAUCACCAUGCGUACUAGUUUCAUCAUCAUGCUCGACAGAUGAGACAAUUGUAGCAGAUUCAGAUAUUGAAGUUGAAACAGCCACAUCAGUCCGCUCAAAUGAUGCAUUCAGCAAUGACAAUAAUGUAAAAUAUGAAAAAACAAAAGAAUUAUAUGUUGAUUCUGACCCUUUGGAUAAGAGAAAACAUGAGAGAAUAGAGGCAUCCUCUGAUGAUGUUUUGCAUGACACUAAACGUGCAAAAACUGAAACAUCCUUGGAUGGUGCUUCUGUCAGAUCACAUUCUACCAGCUUCAGGAAUGAUAAUGAUGGUAUCAAAGUAAAGAAAGACAAAGUUAAUGAUGAUGAAAGUGGAAAUUCAGAUAUAGUUUAUAGCCAAUAUUUAAUUGUUCGAGAUACAAACAUUCGUACUAGCAUAAGUACUGCACCAAACAGCAGUGUUCCAAAUUUUAAACGCUUCAGAAAGGCACAAACUCAAUCUGGUAAUAGCUUUGAGAAUCUUGUUCCAUUUGGAAAAUAUCCAUACAAGGAUUCUGACUGUGGGAAUGAGGAUGUGACUGAGCUUGUGAAGGAGGAGAAAAGGCGAAAGAAAAUGGAAGCUAUGGCAGAUGACAUGUUUAAUAAUGAGGCAAGAAAACGAGGCUCAGCUGGUUCACGAGGCACUGUUGGUUCUCUUCGUGGCAUUCUUACUUCAUGAAGUGGGCAUGGUUCUAUGCUAUAGUAGAGAGCUUUCUCCAAAGAUAUGGCUUUGAAGAUGCUGCACAUUUGAUGUGUGUUCCAAUUGAAGGCUAAAUCGUUCACUUGUCUCUGUUUUGAUCGAGAAUGAAGAGAGGUUAUUGGCCAUAUAUGGUGACACUCUUUGUUAUUUUUGAAGGAUCUAUCUAGUUUCUCUUGUUAGCAUAUGAAGUUAACAAAGAGCUCAUAUUUCAGAUGAGUGAGAUGACCAUGUCUUUCUCUUGGACUGUGAAAUACCAUAUAAUGUGAUGUGUUGAUAUAAAUCACAUUUUUACCAAUUUAAUUUAUAUGGUAACCCUAAAAAAUGUGUAAAUCAUAUUUAUUCUCCUCUUGCAAUGUCAGAUAGCAUGUUACUGCACC